AUGGUCAGGUGGCUCACCGAUUUUCGAGUACUCGGACGAUGGGGAGAAAUAGACUCCACCUUCGUGAAUGUAACCUCCGACCCCAAUUUCUUCCUAUCCCAACCUGCAAUCUGGGAUUACGGCAUGGGCGCUGGAGAGCCUCAACUCCCAAUCAUAGCAGGCAAGACAGCAAGGAUAACCGUUCAUGAGCCCGUGGACCACGGCGAUGGCAUGCUCUCUCCCAUACACAAAGCCUGCCUCGAUAUCCUCCAACGAUUAUGUCAGAUCCGUCAAGCGCAGAACGAAGCUUCCGCUUCGGAAGAACCAAAAACGCUUGACGCUUUUUGCGAUGCCUUACGUCAGCGGAGGUGGAGGAACUUUAUUGAGCCAGAUAAGUCAACAAGUGAGGAUUACUAUUACGCUAAGUCUGGCGGGAUAGAAUGGCUGCAUAACUACUACGGUGCAAGACAGUUCUGGACUGAUGAAUGGGAUACGGAGCCUGGAUGGGAGCUGUUAUGCGGCGACCCUUCGCGCCUGACAAUACCCGGCCUGACUCCCUACCUCCUCUCCGAGUUACCCAAGUUACCAUCCACAUCUACAGCACAAACAGUAUCCAAAGAUCAAGUCGCCGAUCGUCUUGGCUGGCUGUUUCCGGAGGAGAUCGAUGCAAUAAUAGGCAACGACACGGGUGUGGCGACUGGGAGCAAGGCAUGGAAGCAUUAG